AUGCAGGACUGCUGUUCCCAGGUGUCCUGUUCUGUGUUCCUCCUGCUGUUGCUGCGAUUGCCUGUGCUACUUGUUACAGCCCAUCGUGUCCUGAGCCCUCACCCAGAACCCAUCUACCCCUAUCAUGAAAGCUUUGUUAGGUUAUCUGGCUAUCAUAACUGGAUGGGAAGGCAGAGCCCAAAGGAAGAGGAGGUUCUACAAUACUGUGAUGGUGAAUUUGAUGUCUACUUCCUCUUUGACAUCUCCAGUAACGUGGUAGACUGGACUGACUUAUUCACAUCUUGGGAAGAUAUGGUGGAGAAGUACUUGAACCCCAAACUGCGGAUGUCCUUCAUUAUCUUCAAUAGUCAAGCGCAAAUCAGGAUGCCACUCACCUCAGACAGAGCUGCAAUCCGCCGUCACCUCAGCGCCGUGCGGAAGCUUCAAAUUUUUGGACCAACAUUCCUACACACGGGAUUGGAAAAGGUUCAGAGGGCUAGAACCACUGCAAAUGAACAGAUCCAAAAAGUCAACUUAGAAGCUACCAAGAGAUCUAGUCUGAUCAUCGCUGUGGUUUGGGGAGAAUUGUCACCUCAAGAAGUGAAAGAGUCUAAGUGGCAGGCUAACAGGGCUCGGAGCAUGGGGGCUUAUGUUUACUGUGUCGGUUUGGGCAACUAUAAUAGAAAACAGCCUGCCAAGUCACCGCCAGCACCUGCACCAUGGCCAGAGAAGCUCAAAAAGAAGUCACCUCCUCCCCCGGCUCCUUCCCCAGCACCUGCACCACCUGUGAAUGUGAGCCCCACGGUGGUGAUCAUCUGCUGCUGUGCCUGCCAAGGCAUGUGUGUGAGCAGAGCCAUGGAGGGCAAUGUGACCAUGUGCAACCUCCAUUCCCCAAGCUGCCACCAGUUACCACUGAUGUGGUCUCAGUGCAGCAACCAGCGUCCAAGAGCUAGCCCGAUCAUAAGAACAGUUGAGACAGUGGGGUUCCCCAAUCCCAGCAUGCCCUGCUCUGCAUUUUUUCUGCUACUGCUGCUGCUGCCUCCACCCAUUUUUAGAGCCGGGAACUCCCGAUACCACCGCCCUGGCUGGAGACUAUUCCACCGUCUGGGCAAAGGCUUUAGAAGUUCCAACAGCCACCAGGUCCAACAAACUCGGCAGAAUUUUCGCCAGGGGCAAGAAAGAUCAAAUUGUCAGGGUAUUUUCGACCUCUACUUCGUGUUGGACAAGUCAGGCAUUGUGGACAAUAACUGGAUAUACAUUUAUUCCUUUGUGGAGAGUUUGGUGAAGAAAUACCAAAACCCUAAACUACGGAUGUCCUUCAUUACAUACUCAACAGAUGCUGAAAUUGUCUUGCCACUCACCUCAGACAGAAAUAAAAUCCAUGAUGGUCUUAGCAAACUCCAGAAAGUCGUGCCUGAAGGAUACUCAUACAUGCACGAAGGAUUUAAGAAGGCAAAUGAACAGAUCCAAAAUGCUAAGUCAGGAGGUAGCCAUGUCAACAGUGUGAUUAUUGCUCUGACUGAUGGGAAACUGGACAUGGGAACAUAUUAUGAAACUCUGGAAAAGGCUGAGAAAGCCAGGAAAAUGGGAGCAACUAUUUACACCGUGGGUGUGUUUGAAUAUGACAAAGGACAGAUUAGAGACAUUGCAGACAGCCCACAGCACAGUUUUGGGGUGGACAAUGGAUUCCUUGCUCUGCAGGACAUCACUAACUCGCUUGUUUCCAAAUCCUGUGUUGAAGUCUUAUCAGUGGAUUCUCCCUCAGUGGCUCCUUCUCCAGAGGAUCCUCCUCCAGAGGAUCCUUCUCCAGUGGCUCCUAUCCCUGUAUGUGCAAAAGAAUUCUAUGAAGUAGACAUUACUGGUCAUGGGUUUGGAAGUACAAAGGAUAAGAACCAAGUUAUCUGCAGAUUCAAGUUCAAGGAGUCCACAGACAGAGUCAUUGAUGAAAAACCCAUCAGGAUGACUGAUACUACCAUAAUUUGUCCUGGACCAAAGAUAGAAAAAUCUGCACAGGAGGUCCUUCUUGAAGUCAGCCUGAACAACGGUGUCUCCUUCAUCGGGAACAAACUUAGUAUAACUAGUACCAACUGUGUGAGCAUGAGGGAUGCCGACGCUACAUUCAACUGGAACUUACUUCUCUUCCUGACUGCCCUGCUCCUGAUCCCACUGCUGCUCUGGUGCUGUUGGAGGCUGUGCUGCAGGAAGCCUAAGGAGCCAACACCACCACCACCACAGCCAGUGAAGGAACCAGAAGAAGAGAACCUGCUGCCUCCUCCUCAUCCUCCACCACCACCUCUUCCUCCAUCUCCAUCACCUGUCAACACAAACCCUACUGUGAUUGUUGCCUGCUGUGGCUGUGGGAGCAGAGGGAUGCAGGGCAACCUGGAGCCUUGCUGUGGCUAUUUUCACCCAAGCAGCCACCAGGUGCCAUUGAUGUGGUGCCAUCCCACGGGGAGGUGCACCAACUUCGACUGCACACAGGCCUCCUGCAACCCAAAGAUCUGCCUUCCACCCAAUAUGGACUAUUUACAUCUCACUCAACCAUCCUGCACCUCACAGACUGUCCUUCAACCCAGCAGGGAAUGUUUCGAUAUCCAACAACCAUCCUGUUCUCCAAACAUCUGCCUUCGAACCAGCCGAGAAUGCCUCCCUGUUGCACAGACUCUGGGACCCCAAAAGAUAUGCCUAUCACCCAACCAGGAGUGCUAUUCCUUCAACAACUAUUCACAGUGCCACCAGUCCCCACCCAGAUAUACCAAGUCUCCCUCCAGGAUGCUACCUCUGCUCCCUCCCCGUGCCCGUCAAUCUAUAGAAUCCCUUGGCCAUGCCCGCCCUCAUCACCCAACCUCUAAAGGACUAAAAUUCGAAGAUUAAGAGGCUUUUGUUUGUUGAAUUGGGCACAUGUAUAAGGUCUUAGGUUGUAGUGGAAAAGCUUUGUCAUUUGCUGCUAAUCAGCAAACUUGUCACCUGGGGAGGUGUUUCACUGUCUGUGAUAAAUUCAUGCUGCACUUGCCAAGACAAACCUCCCAGAUGCCUCAGCCCCUAUAAUUCUGUCUGUGUCUAUUCACAAAGGUGGGACAAAUGAGAUCUUCUGCAAAGAUCUCUGUGAAACAACUUCCUCCCGG